AUAUAUAAUGCUCAUUACCUACAGAGCACCAAUCACUACUUGUCUACUUAUUAUUGCUAAAACGUUCGUCCGCUUCAGUUGUUUCGCGUACACAUAUUGUGACUGAUCUUUUUGAACGUCUCAUAUAGUGUUCAGUGUUUGUGUAAUAUAUAAAAUAACUUAAUACAAAAGAAAAUGGAUUCUUCGACUAUCAAAGAAAGUAACACUACACAUAAAACGGUUAAGUACAACGAUGAAACUAGAUCUGGCUGGAAAUUCUGGAAGAAAAGAAGAUAUAUCGUGGCAUUAUUGGCCUUUUUAGGAUUUUUCACGUCUUAUAUUUUACGUGUUAAUCUCAGUGUUGCAAUCGUUGCUAUGACCGCUGUUACUAAAGUAGUUGAUGAAAAUGGCAUUAUUACUUAUAAACAAGAAUUUAAUUGGGAUUCGAAAAUACAAGGAUAUGUUCUGAGUUCCUUUUUUUAUGGGUAUAUUAGUACACAGUUACUAGGAGGAUGGUUAGCUGCUCGCAUUGGUGGAAAAAGAGUCUUUGGUAUAGGAAUUGCAGUAACAGCGUUUUUUACUAUCAUCACACCGCCACUUGUCAAGAUAAGCGUUUACCUUCUUAUUGCAUUGCGUAUAAUCGAGGGUAUUUGUGAGGGUGUAACUUAUCCUUGCAUACACGCAAUCUGGGCGAACUGGGCACCACCCUUAGAAAGAUCCAAAUUAGCUACGAUAGCAUUUUCUGGUAGUUUUUUCGGAACAGUUUUUGCUAUGCCUGUUGCUGGAUUGAUGGCCGAACAUAUAGGGUGGCCGUCUAUUUUUUAUAUUUUUGGAGCAAUCGGUCUUAUUUGGUUUGUAUGUUGGUGGAUUGUGGUAAAAGACAAACCGGAAGAUGAUGCUUUUAUUUCCAUGGAGGAAUUAGAGUAUAUCACUGCUACUUUAAGCGAUGACGAAAAGAAAGAGAAAAUUAUUCAUCCAUGGAAAGCCAUGUUUACUUCACCACCAGUAUGGGCUAUAGUUGCAGCACACUUUAGUGAAAAUUGGGGUUUUUACACAAUGCUUACUCAACUUCCGACCUUUAUGAAAGAUGUACUCGACUUCAAGUUGGAUACGACAGGUUAUUUGUCGGCACUCCCAUAUCUGGUGAUGACACUUGUCGUCCAAUUUUCUGGGCAAUUGGCCGACUGUCUUAGAACAAGGAAAAUCCUAACUACGACACAAGUACGCAAAAUCUUUAAUUGCGGAGCCUUUCUCUUCCAGACUGUUUUUAUGAUUUACUCGGCUUUCAUUUCGACUCCAAUAGGCGUCGUCAUGUGUAUAACCUUGGCCGUCGGACUUGGCGGCUUUGCUUGGUCUGGUUUUGGAGUAAACCAUUUGGAUAUUGCUCCACAACAUGCAAGUGUGUUAAUGGGAAUCGGAAACACUGUCGCAACUUUACCAGGCAUAAUUAGUCCUAUCAUCACUGGUUAUAUAGUACAAAACAAGAAACUUGGUUUAACCAGUCAGAAUGUUUUUAUGCUUCGGAAAUUUGACACCAUAAGAAGGGACAGACAGAAUAGACCGGGAAGAGGGGUCGCAAUUCUGAUCUCUCACGAUAUUAAAUACCAUAAAAUUCAGGUACAUUUCAAUUGUAAUAACAAGAUCGAGACUUGCGCGGUAGAACUUCUGCUGUCAGAGUGUCUCAGAAUGGCGGACAGUUUUCAUUAUUGCCGGUUCAAUCUACCUUCUGGGAGCUGUUAUAUACGGUGUAUUUGCGUCGGGCGAGAAACAAAGAUGGGCCGAUCCACAAACAAAAAGGAAAUCAAGAUCUUAUGAUAAUUCCAUGUUAGAAAGUGAAAAUUUAUGAUUUUUAAUUACAGUGUAAUUAUUUAUAUAGUAAUUCUUUAGUAUAUAUAAAAUCGAUUUACUUUUAAUAAAGCUUUCAUUACUUUGUUAUGUUACAACAGAAGUAUAUUAGAAAAGAUACUCCUAUGGCAAAUACUGAAAUUACAUCCUUGGCCAUCUAGCAUCCAUCUUUUAGAUCUUAAUAUCAGUUCAAAAAUACAAGUUUGUUAAUUUUGUAUUUAAUACACUAUUUUAUUUAAAACAAUAUAUAAAACUAUAGACUCUAGUAGAAACUACUUAAUAGCGUUCCUCUUUAAGUGGAGCCCAAGGAAAGUAUCUGUCAUACUCUAAAUGCGCUUCUGUAUUAUAGAUUAUUACAUAAAAUUUAACAUAUAUAAUAAAAAUUAAUACAAGCGAAAUAAA